AUGCGCGGGGCCCGAAGGCCCGAUGGCGUGGGACCUGGGACGAAGGGGUGGGACGGGCUUGAGCUGCUGGCGGAGGUCGAGGCGGAGAAGCGCGGCAAGGGCAAGAAGGGCAAGAAGAAGAAGAAGGGCGGCGGGAGCGGCGGCGCUGGGCCGUCGCAGGAGGCCGAGGCGCCGUCAGAGGCAGCCGCAGCCAAGCCCGCGAAGCUGGACAGGGAGGGGUUGAUCAGGCUUCUCGAGACGCUCCACGAGGAGCGGAUUCGGUACGGCACCACGGCGGAGACGUCGGUCGAGGGGCUGGCCGAGGCGUUGGGAGAAGCGGCAGGCGAGGCGAGCGAGGAGGAGACGGCAGAGGCGGCGGCCGCCGCGAGGGCCAAGGCGGAUGCAGACUAG